AUGGUGGUGAAACCGGCAGGCGGCUCCCUAAAAAGAAAGCUGAAGCACGUGACGUUUGGCCCCGUGACAAUCCUGCAUGUCCCACGUCGUCGCGACGCCACUCUGCGCGCCCCCGUGGCGAGCCCGGCCUCGACGGACUUGACCCUCCUCACUUCCCCGCCCUGUUGGGAGAAAGCGAGCCUUUCUUGCGCCCUGGAGGAUGUGAACGACUCACUAGGCGUAGGAAUGGUGACACCGGACUCGGAAUCCUCCUUGCUUCUCACUCAAGCUGCCUCAAGCUACCCUUUGGAUGAGCCGAGUGAUGCGUGUGGCGUUCCUCUUGAGGAGGCGAAAAGAGAUGACGAGUACGAUGAUGAAUCUUCGCUCCCCGCGGCAUGCACGCACGCCGUUGCGUCGCCGGCGCAGCCGAUCUUGUCGUUGGGCGGUAGGCGCCACCUUGCGUGUGACCUUUCGCCGGUUUCUCCUCUGAGUUGUUGCGUUCCCACGCAUAAGGACCCAGAGGUGCUCGGGGGCUCCCCAUUCUCUUUGAGCCCGGAGGCUUCUCUCUUGUCACUCAAGCGAACUGAGCGAGACGCCGAGGAUGUCAUGGGAGCCGCGCGCUCCGUGCGAUACUGCGUAGAGAAGGAUGCAGCUCCCCCCGCCACCUGUGUGUUUUGCCACAAGUCCACUGGGGUCAUCGAGUGUCACGAAGGCCACCACGUCCACUUGGGAUGUGCCUUCUGGUGCCCAGAAGUUUACUAUGAAACGAAAGAAGCAACAUUAAAAAAUAUUGGGGCCGUGUUAAAGCGAUGUCAAAACAUUAAAUGUGUCUAUUGUAGACAACCUGGUGCGCCCAUUGGCUGCGUAAAUGGUCGGUGUCAGCGGAGCUAUCAUCUGGGGUGUGCCGUAGUCGCUGGGGCCGUGCUGAAUGAGAAGACCUUUGAGCUUCGCUGCCCAAAGCAUGGUGAGCAACGCAGUCAAACCUAG